AUGUCUUUCACUUCUUUCAUCCAUCCCCAUAAGGGCUUUCACUUCAUUCUGACUACUCGGAUAUCCGCUGCGCCUCCUACAACUCGAUGCGAAUUGAUCGUGGCCUAUGAGCUUCCCCCCGAUGUCAUCGCGGACAAAUAUGAACUGGCGCUCAGAGGUGGAUCCUAUGCCGCGCAAAUCCGGGGCGCCACGGAUCUCGAGCUGCCGUCCUUUGUUGCGGCAAACGGUUCUUUGCUAUUAUUGCGAGUCCCGGAAUACGCUUCAGUAACUGCGCUCGAAAUCCCACUGCAUGUCCGAUAUGGAGUUCCAUCUGCUCGUGUCACGCACAUGAAUGUGCCAUUACCGCUACCAGUGCCUGUUUGGGCGUGUCCGGACCAUGAACAUGAAACUUUUGUUACUCCACAUUUACCAUCCGAGAUCGUUUCUGUUGUAGGUGGCUCUGCAUCGGCCUUAUUCCCAAUACCUCAGGCAAGCGGACAAGCCGACCACAGCGGGAUCAUCACAGCACCUCUCGGAAACCCUGUCGACUUGCCACAAGUCCAGGCUACGACAGCUAUUGUGCUUCUGUCGUGUUUCAUCCAUGUGCUGUAUGCAACAUCUUCGACGGCCGUCCGCCUCCAUCGUCGCAGGGUACGCAAGACGGAUUAG